CGCUCCCGGGGCCGCGGAGCACGAACCCGGCUGCCCCGCACCCAGAAUCUGGAGUGGGGCUCGGCCGAGCGGUGGGCGCGGGGCUGGCGGGCAGGGCGAACCCGCCGCCCUCCCGUUCCUCUGUUGCUCAGGGUCCUGUCGUUGUUACGAGGCGGUUCUUGCUCGGCUGCGCGGGGUCGGGGCCCGGUGCAACGCACAACUGCAGCGUGCAAGGCCUUUGGAGGAGCGCAGGGUUCCAGAGAGACUGAGCUGCCUGGUUCUCUGGUUUCCCUUGUGGAACGUAAUUCUUUCUGCCUGUUCUAGAAGCCUCUUGCUACCGGAUGAAGCACGAACCAACAUGUCUGACAGCUGUCUGGGACCAAACCCUGAACACAAGCUUGUGCUCUAAGGCGUGGAGAAGCACGCUGUUGUAAAGGCACCUGAAGGAGUCCGGAGCAAUGCCACCACCUUCGGACAUUGUGAAAGUAGCUGUUGAGUGGCCAGGUGCCAAUGCCCAGCUGCUGGAAAUAGAUCAGAAAAGGCCUCUUGCAUCCAUCAUCAAGGAGGUCUGUGAUGGGUGGUCGUUGCCAAACCCUGAAUACUACACCUUGCGAUAUGCCGAUGGUCCUCAGCUGUACAUCACAGAACAGACUCGCUGUGACAUCAAGAAUGGAACUAUCCUGCAGCUGGCAGUCUCCCCAUCCAGGGCAGCUCGCCAGCUGAUGGAGAGGAUCCAGUCGCACAGUAUGGAAGCCCGACUGGAUGCCAUGAAGGAACUGGCUAAACUUUCAGCAGAUGUGACCUUCGCCACAGAGUUCAUCAACAUGGAAGGGAUUACAAUGCUGACACGGCUUGUGGAGAGUGGGACCAAGCUUCUGUCCCAUUACAGUGAGAUGUUGGCUUUCACCCUGACUGCCUUCUUGGAGCUCAUGGACCAUGGUAUUGUUUCCUGGGACAUGGUCUCAAUAACCUUCAUCAAACAGAUUGCAGGGUAUGUGAGUCAGCCUAUGGUAGACGUCUCCAUCCUCCAGCGGUCGUUAGCCAUUCUAGAAAGCAUGGUGCUAAACAGUCAGACUCUAUAUCAGAAGAUAGCAGAAGAAAUCACCGUGGGGCAGCUCAUUUCUCAUCUGCAAGUCUCAAAUCAAGAGAUUCAGACAUAUGCCAUUGCCCUGAUUAACGCCCUCUUCCUGAAGGCACCUGAGGACAAAAGACAGGACAAGCUGCUUAACCCGCUAGACCUGCCCAUCACUGAAAUGGCUAAUGCAUUUGCCCAGAAGCACCUGAGGUCUAUAAUCCUGAAUCAUGUGAUCCGAGGAAACCGCCCAAUUAAAACAGAAAUGGCACAUCAGCUGUAUGUGCUACAGGUACUGACCUUUAAUCUCCUGGAAGAGAGAAUGAUGACCAAGAUGGAUCCCAAUGAUCAGGCACAGAGAGACAUCAUAUUUGAGUUGAGAAGAAUUGCAUUCGAUGCAGAGUCUGACAGCAACACCGUUCCUGGCAGUGGAACAGAAAAACGCAAAGCCAUGUACACCAAGGACUACAAGAUGCUGGGUUUCACUAAUCACAUCAAUCCAGCCAUGGAUUUUACUCAGACUCCUCCAGGGAUGCUAGCAUUGGACAACAUGCUCUACUUGGCCAAAUUUCAUCAGGACACCUAUAUCAGGAUUGUUCUGGAGAACAGCAGUCGAGAAGAUAAGCAUGAGUGUCCCUUUGGGCGAAGUGCCAUUGAGCUUACCAGGAUGCUUUGUGAGAUCCUGCAAGUUGGGGAACUCCCCAAUGAAGGACGAAAUGACUAUCAUCCCAUGUUUUUCACCCAUGAUCGUGCAUUUGAAGAGCUAUUUGCCAUCUGCAUCCAGCUGUUGAACAAGACCUGGAAAGAAAUGAGGGCGACAGCAGAAGAUUUUAAUAAGGUUAUGCAGGUUGUAAGGGAACAGAUCACACGGGCUCUCCCCUCUAAACCAAACUCCUUGGACCAGUUCAAGAGCAAACUGCGCAGCCUGAGCUAUUCUGAGAUUCUGCGACUACGCCAGUCAGAGAGAAUGAGCCAAGAUGACUUCCAGUCACCACCUAUUGUGGAACUGAGAGAGAAAAUCCAACCUGAGAUCUUGGAGCUGAUAAAGCAGCAGCGCCUGAACAGGCUUUGUGAGGGAAGUAGCUUUAGAAAAAUUGGAAAUCGCAGAAGACAAGAAAGGUUUUGGUAUUGUCGCCUGGCUCUGAAUCACAAGGUGCUACAUUAUGGAGACCUGGAAGAUAAUGCCCAGGGGGAAGUGACCUUCGAAUCUCUACAGGAAAAAAUUCCAGUUGCAGACAUCAAAGCUGUUGUCACAGGGAAGGAUUGUCCACACAUGAAGGAGAAAAGUGCACUGAAACAGAACAAGGAAGUGUUAGAAUUGGCCUUCUCGAUAUUAUACGAUCCUGAUGAGACCUUAAACUUCAUCGCACCUAAUAAAUAUGAGUACUGUAUCUGGAUCGACGGGCUGAACGCUCUGCUGGGGAAGGACAUGUCCAGCGAGUUGACCAAGAGCGACCUGGACACGCUGCUUAGCAUGGAGAUGAAGCUGAGGCUGCUGGACCUGGAGAACAUCCAGAUCCCCGAGGCGCCGCCGCCCAUCCCCAAGGAGCCCAGCAGCUACGACUUCGUGUACCACUACGGCUGAGGGCCGCGCGCCCCGCCGCUCCCGCGGUCACAAUAAUAACCAAGUCCCGCUC